UUCAAAGAGAAUCACAAUUCAAUAUCAAUAUUCACAGUCCACAUCCUUAGAAAACUGGAAGAAAAUGGAAGUUAUGAGCGCACUCUCAAUUUCGUCGUCGCCAAAACUCUUCUCAUUUUCUCCACGUCAGCCACACCAAAUCCCCAGUCUGAUUUUUCUUUCAUUCCUCUUCAAAUGUAAUUUCAAAAAUCUCAAGCAUGGAAAGAAGCAAUUUAUAAGCUGUUCGCAGACACACAACAAUGUGACAUCCCAUCAACUUUCAACAAAUGGAAGAAGGCAGGUUGUGUGCCAGAUUAUUUCUUUAUUCUCGGCAUUUACUUGUGUUAGUCCAGCAACAGGGGCAGCGGAACCAGAGGUUGAAGGUGAUUAUGAGUUGUACAAGGAUGAGGCAGAUAAUUUUUCACUGCUUGUUCCCCACGAUUGGGUAAAGGGCAAGGGAAAGGCAGAUGAACUGAGAGUGGUGACUGCUUUUUUCCCAAAAAAUGAUGAAGUGUCGAAUGUGAAUGUCGUAAUAACAGGAGUUGGGGCUGAUUACACAAGAAUGGAAUCAUUUGGAACUGUCGAUGCAUUUGCGGAGACACUGGUUAACAGUCUGGAUAGAAGCUGGAAAAGACCACCUGGGCAAGCGGCAAAGCUUCUCAAUGCAAAGUCCAAAAAUGGUAUAUAUUAUGUGGAAUAUUCAUUCCAAAAACCUGGUCAAAGUAAAAUCCAUCUAUUCUCCGCAGUUGGUUUAAAGUUCGGUGAUUGGUACAACAGGCUUUAUACUGUUACUGGACAGUAUUUGGAGGAGGAUGCUGACAAGUAUAAAGAAAAGAUUGAAAAGGUCAGCUCUAUCUAUCGAAUUUCACUUGUAGUAGAUUUAGCUCAUCCUUUGUUCACAUCCUGCUAACACUAUGCAAACUUGAUGAGAAACCUCGUCAAUUUGAUUGUGAGAAAGGGAGGAUAGAAGGCUCUCAAAGCUUGAAGAGUAGCUUCCCACCACAAUUAGUGCAAGAGUAUGAGAAUGGGGUGGAUAAUAGUGGCUUACAAAGAGUGAUAUUGUCUCUCACAGUUGAAAACCUCAGCAAGUUACUGCAAGUCGGUAAGGCUCAGCAAGUCACAAAACACUUGCUAACAAAUUUCACGAGUACUUACCUGAAUUUUCAUUACUAAUUACAAGUCCAUAUUGAAACUUUUCUGUAGGUGGAACAACACACAAAACCCUCAUCUUUUGUCAUUUCAUCAUUUACAUUAAUUUGACUUUGAUUCUUUGACAACAUUAUAUUGAUUUAUUGAUGGUUGGUUAAAAGCUCUAAAAUUAUGAAAAAUUGCAUGCACUUGAAGGUACUUGUGACCUGAAACAUCUUAAUUUCGUCUUGGUGGUGGGGUCUCCAUACCUUGACCAUGCCCUAUAUUGUGAGAGGAACAUACUUUGAGUGCUGCCCUUUGACACUGCUAGGGACUGCCAACCUCGAACCCCAAUCUUGUUAAAAAGGAAAAAAGGCAAAACUUGUUUUGGGCUUCAUCAAAUGGAAAAGCUGCAUUUCCCCCCCUUUAUUUGACUUGAAGAACAAAAAUAACAUUUUUCUUUAUUUUUAGAUA